AUGAAUUCGAAUUCCUCCAUCCCUCUCCUGGAGAUGCGCCUUAGCUUGAUGAAGGUCCCAAGAGAGGAGAACCAGUCCCUGCCGGGAAUCUGGAAUGGGAGCCAGGAGCUGGACUGGGAGGAGCUGGAGAAGAUGCUCUUCCUCUUUGUGAAGGAGCCUGUCACCAUCAGCCUCACCAUCAUGUACUUGCUCUCGUUCGUGGUGGGAUUCGUUGGGAACGUCAUGUCCAUCAAGGUGCUCACCAGGAAGCGCAGCAGCAGGAUGUCCAGCCUGAGUGCCACCAGGAGCCUGCUGAUCAACCUGGCCAUCUGCGACCUGAUGGUGGUGUGUGUCUGCAUGCCCAUCACCGUGGGGAACUUGAUAUAUAAGGCCUGGGUGUAUGGAGACUUCCUGUGCAGGGCUGUGCCCUUCAUCCAGGCGGUGUCCGUCUCAGCCAGCGUGCUCAGCCUCACCGUCAUCAGCGUGAACAGGUACUACAGCGUUCACAACCCUCUCAAUGCCAGGUCAUUCUUCACCCAGAGGAAGAUCCUCAGCACCAUCCUGGUGGUGUGGGUCCUGUCCUCUGGGAUCUGCAUGCCUCUCAUAUUCAUGAACAAAAGGGAUGAGAUUGGGGUGGUGGAGGGACUGCCGCUGGUGGUCCCCAUCUGCAGGGAGAUAUGGCCCCAGGAGAGACUCAAGCAAGCCUAUAACUUCCUGCUCUUCUGUGCCCUCUAUUGCCUGCCCGUGCUGUUCAACAUGGUCAUCUGCUUUCUGACCGUGCGCCGGCUGUGGAGCCGCACCGGCCAGCUGAAGGAGUGCAAUGCCCUGAACCGAUCCCUGCCAGCCUCCAGGCUGAAGAUCCGCAAGAAGGUUGCCCAGAUGGUUGUGGCCUUGGUCCUGCUGUUCGCCAUCUCCUGGCUGCCUGUCUACAUGAUGGACAUCUGGAUUGAUUUCAACAUCCCCAAGUCACUGCAGGACGUGACUCCAUCUCCCUGGGUCUUGCAGCUCAGACCUUUUGCUCAGUGGCUCGGACUCACCAACUCCAGCCUCAACCCCAUAUGCUAUUGCUUUGUCGGGAAUCUCUACAGGUCAGCAAAGGAAAUGAAAACCAAAUACCACCAAAGGAUGGUCUCUCUCUUUAACUUCUCCCUCUCUGAAGGGACCUCACCUUCUUCUGUCCCAGAGUUGCUCUCUUUCCAGAACUCCAUGGACUCAUCAAGAAAAGAGCCAAGCCGCAACCCGGCAAUGGGCAAGUGGGGGCAGAGGGGCUCCGGCCCUAUAAGCAAGUGUGAAACCCCACUGGAGUCCUGCCAGCCUCCGUCUCUAAAUGCUGUCCCUGGUGAGAAGACUUCCCUAUAG